AUGCCGCCCUUUUACAAAAUCUCGGCACCGAAUGAGUACCUCGCCAUCACUGGCGUAGGGAUCAGUACUGUCCGAAUAUGCAAGUCGGCCGUCAUAUGGCCACUUCAAAGAUACAUCCGCUUCAGCGUGCAACCUCACGACUAUGCCAUUGAUCUCCAGGCCAUGACCAAAGAGAAGUUGCAGUUCCUCCUCCCUGUCGUGUUCACAGUCGGGCCCGAUGUCGAUGCCAGGGGCGCAAAUUCGUCGGGCUCUCGAAAUGUACAGAGUCAAGUCAACGGCGAAGCCCAGGAAGACUAUGUCCGCGAUGAUUCUUUGAUGAAAUAUGCGAUGCUGCUAACGAGUGGUAGCUCAAGGACAUCUGAUCAGAAGACCAACUCAUUCCUGCAAAACAUCAUCAAGGGUAUCAUCGAAGGCGAGACUCGUGUGCUCGUGUCGUCCAUGACCAUGGAAGAGAUAUUCACGGAGCGUGAGGAGUUUAAGCGCCGAAUCUUCCGAAACAUCCAAAGCGAGCUGGACCAGUUCGGCCUGAAAAUCUAUAACGCGAACGUCAAGGAGCUGCGUGAUGCCCCCGAGAGCAACUACUUCGAGUCCCUGGCGCGCAAGGCCCACGAGGGCGCUACAAACCAGGCCCGCGUCGACGUAGCCGAGGCACAGCUGCUCGGCAACGUCGGCGAGGCGAAGCGCAAAGGCGAGCAGGAGCGAGAGAUUGCCAAGAUCAACGCCGAGACGGCGGUGCAGAAGACGGAGCGGGACAGCGACAGAGCAGCCGCCGAAGCCAAACUCGCCACGCGCAAGACCGUCCUCAGCCAGAACGUUGACAUCGCCAAGAUCGUGGCCGCACGCGCCACUGAGUCCAGAGACGAGGAGCUCAAGCGCGAGGUGGGGGUCAAGCGUGCCGCUGCCGAGAUGGAGCGCCUGCGCGCCCAUGAUGUCGUCAAGGCCACGAUUGCCCGCGAGGCAAAGCAGCAGGCGGCCGAUGCGAAGGCGUAUGAGACCCAGGCUGCGGCCAAGGCAAGCGCAGACGCCCGCGCCGCCAAGCAGACUGCGGAUGCCAAUGCAUAUAGAACGCGGUGUGACGCUGAUGCUGGCAACUAUGCCUCCAUCAAAGAGGCCGAGGCUCAAUCGCAGAGCCUGCUGAAGGAAGCAGAGGGUAUGGCCGCGAUGGCCACUGCGUACGGCAGGAUGGCUGACGCCUUGGGCGGGCCUCCUGGUCUUCUGCAGUACUUGAUGAUCAAGGAUGGCACCUAUAUCGAGCUUGCCAAUGCCAACGCCAACGCCAUCCGCGGGCUCCAGCCCAAGAUCUCCGUUUGGACCACUGGCGCACGGGGUCGCGAGGGUGGCUCGUCGAGUAGUACGGAGACUAUGCGCGAUAUAUAUCAAAUGCUUCCUCCCCUCAUGACGACUAUCAAUGAGCAGACGGGCAUCACUCUUCCAGAGUGGCAAUUUGGCCGGAUACACGAACAGAUGGCAGAUGUUGAGAAGAACAAGCAGAUUGCAAAGUUGGACUCUGAGGAAUAA